AUGUGGCAUGAAGCAAGAAAGCAGGAACGAAUGAUCCGUGGUAUGAUUGUGGAUUACCGACGUAGGGCAGAACGCCGAAAAGAUUUCUACGAAAAAAUUAAAGCCGAACCUACUCAGUUUUUGCAACUUCAUGGACGACCAUGUAAAAUUCAUUUAGAUCCUGCUAUUGCUGCAGCUGGAGAAGGACCUGCUAUAAUGAUGCCGUGGCAAGGUGAUACCAAUAACAUGAUUGAUCGUUUUGAUGUAAGAGCCCAUUUGGACUAUAUCACAGAAGUAAAGAAUCCCUAUGUACCGCCUGAAGAACUAAGCCAAGAAGAAAGACAGUGCAACUAUGAGAGAUACAGAAUACUGGCACAAAAUGCUUUUCUUGGAAUAAGUGAAGACAAAUUCUUACAACAGUUGGCUAUUGAAGAGCAGUUUGGGGUGACUGUUGAUGAAAAAGAGUUCCAAAAAGAGAAGUUGAGUGAAAAGAAAGGGACUGGUGCUGCUAUAGGCUACAAUUAUAAUGAUCCUGGUGCACCAUCCAUCCAACCGUCUAGCUCUAAUGGCCCAGAGGUUAAGAAAGUGGAUGUGAAAGAUUCCGAUGAUGAUUCUGACCUGGAAAUUAUCGAUGUUGAUUUGAGUAUAGAUGUGAACAAAAUGGAGGCUUCACAGGCACACGAGUUGAAUGCAGUGGGACCUCUAUUUGGAAUGGCGGGAUGCGAUUUGUUCUCCUUCCUUACCGGUGACGCAGAUGACGCAGAACAUCAGAAACAACUUCUAAGAGAGGAGAAAGAGAAGGCAAUGUUUUCUGGAAGGAAAAGUAGAAGGGAGAGACGUGCACAUCGCGAUAAGAAACUGGCCACUCGAAUAGUGAGCCCUCCAAGUUAUGCGGCGCCGUCGUGUCGGCCGCGUUCGGCGUCGCGUUCGGCGACUCGCUCCCCGAGUCGCAGUCCGUCGCCCGAUAAUGAGAACAUACAGUUCAUCACUUCAUUUGGUGGUGAUGAAGAUGACGUCAAACCUUCACCAUCUCAGAAAGUUUUAUAUGCUGAUAAAGUAAAACAUAAUUUAAAGAAGACCGAAUUAUAUGCUGAGGUUGCUCGAAAACCAUCAAAACUCAGUUCAACAUCAAUACAAAGCAAAUUUUACCGUCCUCAAAUGGGGCCUCGCGGGCCCAACUCGAAGUCAAAAUCGAGGUCGUAUUCCCGUUCCCGCUCAAGAUCAAGGUCGAGGUCGAGAUCGCGUACUUGGAGGAAGUCCCGCUCAAGAUCGAGGUCUCCUAGAUCUCUUUCGGUUUCUUCAAGGUCGCGCUCGCGCUCCUACAGUCCUUACAGGAAGUCAAAAUCGAGGUCACGAUCAAGGUCAAGAACUUUAAAAAAUAGGCGCUCUCGCAGUCCAUCAAAUAAUGCAGCAAAUCGUAACAAUUCGAGGUCAAUGUCACGCGAAAGUAAUGACAAAAGCACCCAAAACAAACCAGUCGUUCCGCGUUACUAUGGCCGUCGCAAAGAAGAUAAGUCCUCAAGUGAACUGUCCGUGGACUCCGACUCAAGUGAUACGGCUGAGGAUGAGAAAAAUAAAACAUCGGUGGGCAAUACCUCAAAUACUAACCAGAAUCAGUUACGAUUGUCUGGAUCCAGCACCAAAGGCCCGUCACGAGAAACGUUGACGUUGAAAGAAAAAUUGAAAAGAAAAAUGCAGGCUCAGUUAUCAAAGCAAUUGCGGGCGGAUAAGCGCGCGGAGGCGGAGCGGCAGGAGCGCGAGAGCCGGCGCCAGGCGCGCCGCGACGAGGAGAUGCGCGAGCUGGUCAUUAAGCUGCGCCGCAAACAACGUGAAAUGAGACAUCAGCAGAACCGACGAUCUAGCGAUGAUAAUUCCGGUAGAAGUCGUAGCGGAUCUUCGUCAAGACAAUCACCAGCAGUAGAGAAAAGAAGAGACUAUAGAAGUCGUUCAAAGACACCUUCGCCCAAACCGAGACGUGUCCCUGUGUGGGAGUCAAACAAGGAACAGUCGCCUCCUUACCGGUCAAGAACUCAAGAGUUCGGAGAAAAUUCACACUAUCAAAGCAAUCCUAGACGACGGUAUCAGGACAAUCCGGAAAGUCAUUACAGUCGCGAUGACAGAAGAUACGAAGAAGAAAGACCUCAAAGUAACUAUUCAAAUAGAUACGAAAGGUAUCCUAAUAGAGAUUACGGCAGUCGAGGCUAUGAGCAUUCCCGCCACGAGCAAAAUUAUGAAAACAGAUGGGAACAAGAGAAGGGCUACUAUUCGGAUAGGAAAAGACCUUUUGGGCCUAGAGGAGGAUAUAAAAGCCAAAGUUACAAGGGAGGACCACCUCAAAGGCAUGGCGAUGGAUCAUCUAGUUGGCAAUCGCAUAGCCAAGAAGAUGACGGGAGGGAAAGCGCAGAAAGUUACUCUAAAAGUAAAAUUAAACUUGUCGAUUAUUAG